GCGCUGCGCUGGGAGCUCUGUCCUCUCAGCUCAGGGCGCACGGACGUCCUUCCGGAAGGUGGCCUGCGGUGCAGGAGCCGAAUGGGACUCGGGAGUCCUCCAGGGCGCGUGGGCCUUGUGGCGCGCGGGGGGCCAGGAAGAGUGGGUCCUAAUUAAGGCAUCAAGGGCUCCGCGCGCCGCAUCUUGCACCAGGGACUCGGGGGGUGGGUGGCGCGGGGCGUCUGCUCGUGCUGAAGGGGAGGUUGGGGCGGAAGGAGUCGGGUCCUGGCUGCUGGGCUCUUCCAGCCGCUGGCAGGCCCAGGGUGACCUCCAGGCGAGGCCUAUCCCGGGUGCGCCAACCCCUGGCGGCCAAGGCCGCGCUUGCGGGUCGAGGGCUGCCGCCCUCCCCUGGGUCUUGACUGUUCCCCGUGGUGACACCUGUUCAGAACGGCCUCUUGGCGCUCCCCGGACCUAGAUCUGGCCCAGGAAUUCAGAAAUAGGCCCUGAGGCUAUGAGGCCUCGUCCCUUCCGGGCGGGUGGAGUUUUCUUUCUGGAAAGCGCUCGGAGCCUCAGGAGCAGUGGGGUCGGAAUCGCUCCUUGCCGCGGCGGUCCGGAACACUCCGCCGGGAAUCUUCUGUGAGACGGCAAGAGGGCGCCAGGAAAACACUGGAAAAAACAAAACUGUUUGGAAACUGAGAGACGUCUGAGGAACAGAUAGCGAGCUGAGAACCGCUGCUUUGGAGGGCAGUGUUGGAAUGUCCUCAGACCUGUCGGAAAGAUUUCCAUCUCUCACAAGAGAAGGGACUAAAAUACUGCGUCCUACCAGGAGCACCCUCACUCAGCGCCUCUCUUCCGCCCCGGCCCUCGCCCCAGGAGGGGUUGUAUGAGUCUCACUUGCUGCAGGGGUCGCUGUGCCCUGCAAGGUGUAUGUAUUUUUUCCUCUCUCAUUCCAUCCACACUUCAUGGGCCAGAGCCCUCUGUCACUUCAGAACCUGGACAGUGAUGACGUUUGCCGAGGACAAGACUUAUCAGUAUAUCCGCAACAAUCACAGCAAUUUUUGCCAUAUCCAUGUUCUGGAGAUUCUGCCUUACCUGUCCUGCCUCACAGCAAGUGACCAGGACCGACUGCGGGCCUCCUAUGAGCGCUGGGGGAACCAGGGCACCCUGUGGGAGCUCUUCAGCAGCCUUCGGCGGAGGAGCGGCUGGGUGCAUUCCUUCAUCGAAGCGCUGAGGAGCUGUGAGCAUUCUUGCCUCGCUGACGAAGUGGCUCGCGUCUACCAGAGCAACCUGCCCCGGACUCCAAACCAACCCCCAGCCCCAGUGGAGCCACCGUCAGUUCCUGCUGUGGCCCCCAGCAGCCUCCACAACUGCUACAGAGAGGAUGAGCUGAGUUAUCCUAUUCCUGUCCAGGACACCGAGCCGCCAGAGUCCCCGGGAGAGAGUUCAAAGAAAGUCCCACAGUCAUCCAGCUCUGGGGCUGUCCUGAAGAGGCUGAGUGGCCCCCCGGAACCCUCCUCUGACACAGUGGCUCUCAGCCCCCUCCCCUCCGGUGGGCCUCAGGAGCAGGACACAGAGCCAGGCCGCACCCACACAGCAGGCAUGGUCCCCAGCCUCACACCAUCCCGUGGGCCUGUGUCUCCGACUGUCUCCUUCCAGCCCUUGGCCCGUUCUACCCCCAGGGCAAGCCGCUUGCCUGGACCCCCAGUGUCAGCUCCAUCUGUUGGCACCUCUUCCUCCUCCACUGGCUUGGCCUCUGCAGGGGGUGCUGGUGACCAGGCUGAAGGCACUAUCUGCUCCAGUGGGGCAGGGGUGCCCACCAACUCUAUGAUUGCCUGCACAGCACCCUCCAAGGUACCUACCAGCUUAGCACUUGCCAGCACAGUACCUUCCAAGUUGCCCACCAGCUUGAAGCCCGCUGGUACAGUGCCCACUAAUGUGCUCGCCAGUCAAGUACCAUCCAAAUUGCCCAUCAAUGCAAUGCGUUCUGGCACAGUGCCACCCAAAGUGCCUGCUGGCCUGGUGCCUGACCACAAGAAGCCUACGACCAUGGUGCCCAGCAGAGUGCCUGCCAACACUGGGCCCACUGUCAGGAGCAGCAACAGACCCUCGGAGGAGACUCCUGCGUCUCCAGCACCCACAGGCGCUGUUGCUGGAGGUACCUUGCCCUGGCCAGACAGCAGCUCUGACCGCUGGAGCUCAGAGCCAGAGCUGAGCAAGCCUGGCGGGCUGGUAUCCAGGAUGGAUAGCCAGCCAUUCUCCAUCUGCUCUGCGGAUCUUGCCAUCAGCUGCAGCGAUUCCCUGGGCGCGGGGCCUGACAACGCCCCAGAGGAGAAUGAGUACGUGUCUAUGGACACCAUUAGGAUUCACGAGGGCCCCAGCGCCCCUCUCCUGGGGGACAGCCCUGGGAUGCGCACCCCUCCGUGUGCCCCAGAGUUCCAGGCAGAGGAGGAAUUGGAGGAGUCGCUGACUGUUGGGAGCAUCCUCUGGGCCCCAUGGCUUGGGGUGGCUGUGGCUGGGGCACUCCUGGCCACACUCCUUGCUGUGAUGUACCGGCGGCGUCUGCUCCAGUGAAUCCCCCAAGUCCCCUUCACCAGGCAUCUAGUCCUUCCCCCGCAGCACAUCCGCUGGAGCCACAGAGCAGAGCUGUCUCACCGUCCUUGACCCCUUUGCGGGGCUGACAGAGGCUGGGUCACAGGGGAGGCAGGGGCCAGGCCUGGUCUUGGGAGGCAGCAUUUUCAUCCCAGCUUGUGCCCUCUUGGCUCCCUUUUCAUCCUUGGCUUUCUGGGCCCUGGGCUGCCCCAGGCAUUCCAGACCUCACCCUGGCCAUCUGGGUCACCCUUAUCCUCUGGAGGAGAUACCCCCGUCCAGGCCUUAUCCUUCUUUACCCAAGUGCAAAGAUCAGGAGACCACAAGGGCUCAGCAACAUCCCCUGCCCUAGUCCCUGGCAGCUGACAGCAGAUGGGUUGGGUAGGGAACCCCAUAGGACAUCGCUCUGGCCCCCAGUGGCUAAGCCUGAGGCUAUUGUCCCAGGAGCAGCAAAGUGGCCCAUCUCCAAGGACCUGACAGCUUCUAGUCCCCUGUCUCUCUGGUUCUCCUCCCCUGCCACAUAAGGAUGGGGAGGAGGUCUGGAGAUUCCCAAGGACUCCUGGGAAGCCUGACGAGCUGCUAGGCCUGAGGACCACCUAAAGAGCCCCUUUCCAGUCUCAUCCUGGUCUCUAAUCUCCUCAGCUCCCUACAGGGCUUGGUGUGGGAGCACCUGCAAGGCAGAGCUCAGGUCAAGGUUUGGAUUUCAGCUCCAUCCCUUCUGGGCUGUGUGGCCUUGGCCACAGACUUCUCCGGUCUUGCUUAGCCACAUGGACAUUGUGUAUCAUGGCUCAUCGUUCUGGGUUCUCCUGAGAUUGAGGGAUACAGGCCUUUGUCAAGUGCCUAGCCCAGAGUGGGUGACCACUAAAUGCUUCUACUGCUCCCUGGCCAGCCUAGUAGAGAUGAGGGCAUGAGAGGCAGAGUGCCCAGUGGGUAAGGGUGCAACUCUGUAGUGUACGGUGGCCUAGGCCUGCGUCUUGCUCUGUCUUUCUCACUAACUAUGCUCUUGGGCAAGGUGUUUACCUCUCUGUGUCUCCAUUUUCUCACCUGUAAAAUGGAGAUGAAUAACAUUUUUAAUAUGUAUAUAUCCUAGUGUUGUGAGGAUUAAAUGAAUUUAUCUAUUUAGAAUGGUUGGAUACAUGUUGUUACUAUCCCUAUUCAAAUAUGGAGGAACUGGAGCACUUGGCUACACCUUUAGAGGCAGAUGGCAGACCCUCCUGCCUCCCCACCUUUUCUAUUUGCCUCUUACUUUAUCCCGUGCAUUGGGGAAUUAUUUGGGAGUGGGGAGGGAGGCAUGUCCACUGGGGCAUCUAUACAGGAUGGGGGCUGGGGUGCCCCCAACAGCCAGAUUGGUGGGUAUCCUUGUGGAUUCUCUUCAGGUGGCCAUUGCUGGACAAGGGGCAGACACAGGAGGCUCAGGAGCUACCUUCAUUUCUGGGCUCUUUAAGAGACAAGGACUAGAGCCCUGGGGAGGCAUAUGAGGUAGGGGUCCCUGUGGCCCACGCCCAAGCUCUCAGUCUGAAGGUCCUGCACCCUCCUUUGGCUGCUGCAACCUUUCUUUUCACUGCCCUAGGGGACUUCAGCAACCUAAUGACCUCUACUUCUACCUCUGAACUUCUCUUCAACCCUCUCUCCAAACCCAACAGACUGCACCCUGAAACUAAGUGCUCACUACCCAAGCUGUUUGCACCACUCCCCAUCACCCCUGCGCUUAACCACCCUCUGUGCUCCUCCCUCCCUCCCAGGUACCAAGGUCAGAGAACAAGUCAUACACUGGUACUGGUUUUAAUGUGUUACCCUCCCAAGGUGAUUUUGGAAAAAAGUAUCUCAAGAAAGCAGUGUGUAGACCCAAAGAAUGCUACUUGAGUGGUAGAACUUCAAGCACAGUGACCAGCCAUAUGGGGAUAUACCUUUGGGUAAUAUGUGUAGGAAACAUCCAGGGACCUACCUGGUGCUUUUCAAAUUAUGCUGCCCUGAAGCUCUGACUUGGCCUGCAUUGAACAGCAUCCCUAUUUUGGCUGUUUUCAAUCUGAAGGCCUCUAAAAUGCCAACUUCAAGCAGAAUUGGGAUUGGCCAGUGUGUGGAGGCCUGUGGCCAGGAGAGGGCUUGGGUUGAUGACGUGUGUCAGAUCUCAGGAGUCCUGGGUUUGGAGUGUGGUUUCAGCUGCAGGAAGGUGCAUGUAGGAGGGAAACCCAGGCAGGUUCCCCUCAUGGAUGAUGGAGAGAGGGAGGAAGGACCAAGGAGGACAGGGGGGACCUCUUCCCCCUGUGGUGGGCACAGCUACCUACACCUGGAGACUUGGGAAAUCACCCUUCAGCUUGAGGGAAAGGCUAGGGUGGGGCCAGAGGGCCAGGUACUGUCCUAAGCACUUAGGGCAGACUCACCAGUAGCUGAGGUACCUGCAUAUAAAUCCAUCUCCAUCUUUACUCUCUCCUGUUGAAAAAGUUCCCUUAAAGCCCAAGGACCACCAGUGCUUCUCCUUCCCUGGGAAACACCUGCAGACUCUGCUUGACGGACCACGGAAACCAGGCCAAUGCCUUUCCCUCACCGCGUUUCCCUUGUUUGAUGUACUCACAUUCAAUUGAUUUAGGGGAGUUCCUAGUCAAAGAUCAGCAGGAUGCCCUUUACUCUUUCAGGCCUUGGAUUAUUUAUAGCUUCAUUUAAGAAACAUUUUUUAUUAUUAUUAUGGAAAACUUAAGCACGCAUGGAAGUAGAGAAAAUAGAAUAAUAUCCCCCCCCAUAUGCCCAUUACCCAGUUUUAAUUAUGGACUCAUGGACAGUCUUGUUCAUUUCUGCCUGAUUCUCCUUUUUCUGUGCAGAUUUCUUUCAUAAGUCAGAGAGUAAAGGGUUCAGAAAGCCAAGGGACAGACUUGGGUCAGAAGGAUUUUGUGGCAAAGGCUCUCUCUCUCUCUCUCUUUUUUUUCAAGGCAGCAUUAGGUAACAAUUAGGCAUUCCUCUCUUGGUUUCUUGGCCUCAGUGGGUGAUAUCCCUCUUGAAUCAAUUCAAAGUAUAAGCAGUGCCGGGUCCCUGUCUUAGGAGGAGAAAACCAGAGGGGUUCCUUCAUUGGCAAGCUCCUUGGAGGUGCCUGGCUACUGCUCCUGUCCCAAAGAGGAGGUGAUUGACAGGUGUGUCCAGUGGCAGUUUGCCCCAUUGCACGAGGGAUUGCUCUAGGAUCUGACGGAGCCCUUCCAGGAGGCAGAAAUUCCCAUUCUUGGCCAGGCUCAAACUCUGCAGUAUGUCUCCUGCUCCUAUAGGAGUUUCCCAGGAAUGGAGUAAUUCAGGCCUUGAGGUCCCUUGCUUUCCAGCAAUGCACUAUCGUGAAGCUGAUGACCAAGGAACACCUCCACCCCGACCUGCAGGGAAAGUAGUGUCCAGGGUCCCUGGGCUCAUUGGUGCUGGAAGUGAUAACUCUUCAUGAAUGAAAAUCACAUGCUAUCCCCUGCCACCCCAUGCUCACCUUUCUGCUUUUUGUCCUGUAGGCAGGGGCCAUGAAGUUCACACUUGGUGCAGAUCAUGGUCACCCAGAAUUCCUCACUCCUGUUGUUAAUAACAGCAACGGUGGAAAGGGCUACCACUUACCUCAUACCAUGCUGUGUGCCAGGUGCUGGGCUAGGUGCCUUACGUAUACUAACUCAUUUAAUCCUCACAAAGACCUUAUGAAAGGGGUACAAUUAUGACCCAAUUUACAGCUGGUCUGCAAGACUGGGAGGGAGGAAGGGCCAGAGGGGACAAUGCAGGGAAAACUCUGACCCCUGAGCCCCAGAGCUGGGUGUUCUGCAUGCCCAUGAUCCAUAGCUGAUUGGAUGUCUGGACCUUGGGACCCCAAUUAAAGUGAGAUUUCACACCAUCA